GUCCUCAUCAGCUGAGCCGUGACAGUUCGCCUGAAUGCUGACACACAGGCGUGAGACUCACCGCUGUCUUUCUACACACAAACAGUGAAGAAAAUCAACCCUGUGACAGUGGUUUGGUGUGGAUUUGUAGACGAAAACAGUGCAGUUUCAUCUGACAUUUGUUGUUAAGGAUCACCAGUGAAGAUGCCUCUGAUACCGGUUGUGCCAGAGAACCACAGUCAUGUCCUGGCAGAGUUUGACUGCCUCGAUCCGCUUCUGUCUGCUCUCCGUCUGGACUCCGGCAGACUAAAGUGUACCUGUUUGGCAGUGUCAAGGAAGUGGCGCUUAGGAACAUCAGCAGGAGGGUUGCACCUGAUCCAGAAGGAGGGCUGGAAGCAGAGGCUCAUCCUCACCCACAAGGAGGGAUCUAUUACCCAGGUGGCGUGUUGCCCUCAUGACGAAGACUUUAUCGCGGUUGCAACAAGUCAGGGUCUGGUGGUGGUGUGGGAGCUGCAGCUGGAGCGGCGGGGUCGUCCGGAGAGAGUGAGUGUCUCCUGGGAGCACAGAGGCCAGACCAUCACGGCACUCUGCUGGGACUCAAGCACACUCAGAGUUUUCGCCGGGGACAUGGGAGGCAAGGUGUCCUUUCUACGUGCGGGAUCCUCCAAGCUGGGCAAGGGGUCGGCAUUCGUUAUGUUCCCUGUUCAGACCGUCACCACUGUAGACUCCAGAGUGGUUCAGCUCGGCUACCAAGACGGCCGCCUGCUGGUGUCUUCCUUGAGCCGCUGCUACCUCUGCGACACAGAGAGGGAGAAGUUUUGGCGUGUUGGAUAUAAGGAGCGUGACGGAGAGUAUGGAGCGUGCUUUUACCCUCAGAACAGGGGGUUAUUGGUCGGUCAGCCUCCCCUGCUGUACUCCGCCCGGCCGGGGUCUCGAAUAUGGGAGGCCAGCUUCAACGGGGAGGUUCUGAGCACCCAUCAGUUCAAACAGCCCCUGGCCUGUCCUCCUCUUCCUCUCGUCACUUACAGAGAUGAGCCACAUUACAACCCAGCACAGAAGAGCCCGCAGUCAAUCGCCUUCCCUAAGCUGCUUUACUUUGGAGACCAGAACCUGCUGACCUGGACUGAAUCUGCAAUUUAUAUCUUCACACCUCAGAACGGACAAGUGCUUCUGUGGACUGAAGUCAAAGACCUGGUUGACGUUGCAGUCUACCGCAACGAGCUCUUCUGUCUCCAUGGCAGCGGGCGUCUGUCCCACCUCUCGCUGCUGUCUGCAGAGCGCUGUGUGGAGCGUCUGCUGCGCAGGGAGUCCUGGCCUCUGGCGGCUGUGGUCUGCUGUAUGUUCCAGCACACAAUCUCCACCAGCAGGGCCAGGAAAUCAAUUCCCAUCGACCGUCUUGAACACCUCAGGUCUCAGCUCAGCCCCGGCACACACCCGGAGCUGUGUGUACAGCUGGAGGAAGUCAUCUCUAAACUGGAGCCUCUGGACUCGGCCUCCAGCAGCCGCAGGAGCAGCAUCUCCUCACACGAGAGCUUCAACGUCCUGGACUGUGGGAUCUAUCGUGUGAUCAGCCGCAGAGGAAGCCAGUCAGACGAGGAGACGAGCUCCCUCAUCAACCAGUCCAUGUCCGAGGAGGAGCGACUCAAAGAGUUCAGUUUUGUGCAGGAAGAGGAUCAGGUUGAUCAUGAUCCACAGAGCGGUGAGCGAGUGGAGGCCGAGCGAUCAGAUUCAGGCCUGCAGUUCCACCUCCCCCUCUCAUUUCGCCCCAAACCCCCCCGCAUCGCACUGCAGGCUGUCAAAGACAGUGUUUCUAGUUUUGUUAAGAAAACAACGGAGAAGAUCAACACCCUCCAGAUGAACUCGGAGCUCUGGCAGCGGACUGAAUUCAAAGAGGGUGGACAGGCAGAAAUCUCAGCCACCGCUUCGUACUUAGAAGAAAUGGACAAUGAAGUUGAUGAUGAAAUGCCGAACAUGGAGGCCGACAUGCAGGACCUCCGAUCAGCGACGGAGCGAGCUAUCUCCCAGAUUCAAGAUCCUUUGGUGCUGCUGGACCCAGUCUGCCUGGGAGAAACUCUGCUGGAGUGGCUGGUGGUGCUGGAACGAAUCCUCGGACCUGCAGAGGACGGGUCAGCUGCUGCCAGUGAUUCAAUCACAGACGGUCUAGGAGAAGAGCGUUGGGAUUAUCUGAACACCUGCUCCGAGCAACCAGAGGAGUCUUCGUUGUCGUCAUGUGAACCAGGAGAGAGCAUCAUAGAGGAGAAGACAGCGGAGUCUCCUGAGCUCGGAGAAAAAGAGGACCAGUGUGACUUCUCUGAGAAAGAGCAUGAGGUGUCAAAUGAGACUCGUCCAGAUCCAGUUCGAGUGGCGUCUCCCAAACCUGUACCGACGGAUCUCCUGGCUGAUCUCAGCCAGCUGGCAACGCUCUACACAGAGCUGAGCUGCUUCAGGAAGCAGGAGAAUGAACAAGCAUUGGGAUGCGUAGCUUUCCUGCGCCGCUACUUCUUUCUGCUGGACCAGGAGCGUGUGAGGAGGAUGUGUCUGCUGUGUCAUCAGCAGCAGCCCGAGGCACAGAGCUCCUUCACUCAGGCCAUUCUAGAUCUCACUCGGCACAGUAAGGUGGUGGAGGUGAUUCAGAGAGGAGAUCUGCUGAGAUCCCUGCGCAGUCUGAGAGAGCUGCAGCCCUGGAGUGCACCCCCUCUCCUCGCUCACUUACACAGACUGUAUGAGAAGCACGGGGAGGCGGCUGUACGCUCCUUUACGCAAUUUUAUCCCACGAUAACUCCUGCGGAUGUGAUGACCAUGGCUCAGCAAAGCCACUUCCUGGCAUACCUGGAUAAUCUGGUCCAAUCUCGAACUGAAGAGGACAGGUUGUCAUUUCUGCAGUCCCUUCUUGAACCAGAAUCACUGAGACAGGAUUGGCUAGAGCUGGCACUUACCCACGAUGCACCUCAACGCUGUGACACGCUGACCCCCGAUGGACAGCCCAGGUGGCACUCUCACUGUUUCAGCUGGGGUUACGGACGCCUCCUGUCUCUCCUGAUCCGUCUUCCUGCUGACCUGUCCUCCAAGCAGAAGAUGGCGGAGACGUGCCGCAGUCACGGUUACUGGACGGGCUACAUCUCCCUCUGCUGUGAGCUGCAGCGCCGCACAGAGGCGUUCUCCACCAUCUGUCAACUGGAUGACAUCAGUCUGCUGCAGGAAGCUGAUGGAGUUGAGCCUCGGACCUUGGAGGAGUGGAAGCUCUUGAUCCAGUUGUCUCAGCGCUGCAGCGGGGACUCAGACUCAGAGCAGGUGACGGGUGUGAAUGGGAGCAGCUUGUCCAACGGCACGGACGAUUGUGGUGGAAAGAUGAGCCCGGAGAACUUGACCCUGAUGCUGGCUCGCAGCGCCGGGCCUGAUCGCGCCAUGGCCGUCCUGGAGGAGUGUGGGGUGCAGCUCGACCUUUCACCGCAUUCCAAACUGGUCUGUGAGCUGCUGAGAGUCACUGAGAAGAGGCAGAGAGCGAUGAUCCAGACGAUGCUCGAGCGCUGUGAUCGGUUCCUGUGGUCUCAGCACGCCUAACUGAAGACCAGCUGCAGCUUCUCUACGCUAAGCAACAUGACUAACACUGAACACUGAAAUGUACCCAAUACCUGCUGUGAACUCAAUGUAUGCGCUGUAAUUAAUGGCAAAACUUUCAAGUGUAAUGAAGGUACGUAUCAUCCCAGUGAGAGAGGUAUUAUUACUUUAGCUUUGCACUGAUCUUUACGGUUAUUUUAUGAUUUAUAUAAUUAUUUUUGCAUGUUCAGGUUAUCAAAACUCUUCAUAUAUAAAAAUGAACUAACCAGGUAAUGCCUUGUGAAUAAAAAGAUAUUUUUUUGUGUUUUAAGAAUAAAAUAUGUGUCAUUAUAAUGAAAGUCAAAGCUGUUUCCCCAUAAAGAGCAGAACACAAACACAAUAUAACAGCAGAAGUCUUAAUAAAUGUGUGCUUUUGUUUAUUUUCUGCAAACAGCAAUACAAAUAAAAAGCAAUAAUAAUUUAUUUAAA